GUUCUCCAUCUUCAAAUCUCCUUCAAGCUGUCAAAGUCAUGUCUCGCGAGUAUGAUGAAUUUGACUAUGAGAGGCAAUCAAAUUUUGAUACUGUUAGCUCUCAAGCUGCCUCUGUCUCGGUUGAUGAUGCUAGUAAUACCGGCACUAUCAAUCCUUCUGUUAAUAAACGUCAAAGAACCGCAGGUAUAUGGAAGCAUUACACUUUUUUUGUAAAGACGAUAGGUAAUGAAAAUGUUGAUUAUGCUCGUUGUAAUUUGUGUGGCAAAGAAUAUAAAGCACCUGGUAAAGCGGGUACUUCAACUUGUAAAUCUGAGAGAAAUUUUAAAAAAACAAAAGCUAUAAUUUUGAAGUUGCUUGAACUUGUUAUGAGCUGCUGCCUGCUGGUAGUGCUUUUGCCUUUUGGUUGUUGUCUCUGCUGAGUUGUUAUUGCCUAUAUUGUUGCCUGCAUGAGCUGGUUCCUGCCUCCUGCCAGCUUGAGGUGCUGUGUUGCUGCCUUUUGUGUUAUGAAUUUAUGAUAAGUUUUGUUGCUGCUGUUUCUUAUGCUUGCUGUUUUAAUUUUUCUUGAAUCAUCGCUGCCCUUGUCAUUUAUGUUGAGACUUCAAUGUAUAUGUACUUGCUGGCAGCAUUUUUCAAGUUUUAAGUUAAAACAGCCAUUGCUCAGUGAUGGUACGAGAAACGUAAAUCUGAGAGCAAUUUUGAAAAACAAAAAUAAGUUCCUGCUGAGUCCCUUCUGCUUAUAU